AUGCUUCGGUUUUCAAUUUGGUUUUUUGUACUUUGCGUGCACUGGCAGGUUGUACUUGGCCGGGCAAUUCCUUCAGACAUUGAGCUCGAUAAACGCCAAUCACCCAAUAUUCCACUUCGGAUUCUCCCUCUCGGCGCGUCAAUCACAUAUGGCAUACACUCGUCAGACGGCAAUGGAUUCCGCAGGCGACUCAAAGACCAAUUGCGAUCCGAAGGGUGGGAGGUGAAUAUGGUCGGAAGCCAGAAUAGUGGGAAUAUGAGGGAUAAUGACGUCGAAGCUCGUCCCGGAAACACGAUCGACCAAGUCCGCGCCGCAACCUCCCCCUCCCUCCCCUGCAGACCAAACAUCGUCCUCAUAAACGCCGGCACGAACGACUGUCGCCUGAACAUCGACAUCCCCAACGCAGGCGCGCGCAUGCGCUCGCUAAUCGAAAACAUACUCUCCGCAGCGGACAUGCGCGAUACACUCAUCGUGCUAUCCACGCUCCUCCCAUCAGGGAACGCCGACAUUUCGCGCAACACGCCCGCCGUUAACGACCAGUAUCGUGCGCUCGUCCGGACGAUGCGUGGGCAGGGGACGAGGAUUGUCCUCGCCGAGAUGAGCGGGCUUGUAUACCCGGAGGAUUUUACGCAGGGCGGGCAGGUGGAUGAUACGCAUCCUGGUGACGGCGGGUAUGCGAAGAUGGCGCUGAUAUGGCAUGAUGCGAUUUUGGACGCGGCGCGGCAGGGGCUUAUCCCACGGCGGGCGUCUUUGAAUGGUGGGUUGUCGUGUGAUAGGAGGCGGGGAGAUGAUCUGUAG